GAUCAUAGCACUUGUGAUCACAACGUGAUCAAUUAUUUAAUCUUUUUCAACGAUAGUGGUUCAACGAUUGUUCUCGAAUAAUGCUCGUUCGAUCCAUCGAUUGCCAUAAUACGUCCGUGAUCGCAUUUAUGAUUCGACCGUUAUUCGACACGGUCGGAUUCGCGGUUUGACGCGGGCCGCCGCGUCACUGUGGAUAUCCUUAGGAUGCAGCAGGGCAGCGUAGGCGACGGGGAUUCGGCCCCGAGAAAUUCGCCGAAAAACUCGAACGCGGGCGUCGCCGACGGUCGAGUACGGGUUAAAGUCGAAGCGCCCGAGUCGACGGAACUAUUCGACGUUAAACGAGAAACCCAGGACGAAUAUCAUGCCGUUCAACACGAUUACCAUUAUCAGGACAGGAAACCGAUCGUUCCAACGAAGUUCGAUGCGAAUUCCGAAAUUAUCAAUCAGUGUCAGCCACCGCAUCAAGGUUAUCCACGGCCGGUAAACUCCGGGCUUCCGAAUUCUUAUGGAUUUUCACAUUUCUAUGGGCCAGCAAUGCUUCCUCCCUCGUUCCAUGGCGCGAGACCAUCUCCGGAUCGGCCUAUUGGGAAAAUCGACGAGCAUGAACACGAGCAGGAACGUUACAGAGUGCCCGUGUCCGGUGACAGUGUUUUUAUGCAUCACGAUCCUCAUAGAUACGAGAUUGGUGAUUACCAUGGGAAAGGAUACCCUGGAAUGGCUUAUCCCGCGUUUCGACCAUCGAUGCAGCAACGUGCACCGAUGUAUACCGGUCAUCACAACAAUAGUAGCUACAGGACCGCGCAGUAUCAAAACAGAAAGCGCAAGUGGAGCGGCGCAGCGCUGCGCGGGAUGCCGCCAUCGAUGCCUUGGCCAACGUGGUUCUACAGGCCGGAUUUCCCCCUCGGCACUCAACUGCCCACCGGCCACGUGUCGAAUCCAAGCAACGUUCCUACUUCGUCCCCUCUGUGCCCCAGGACGACUCACUUGCAAUCAGAGGCGUCCAAGGUUCCCGAGUUUCUCGAUAGCAGCAAAAUCCAUGGACAGACGCCGACGAUAUGCACGUCUAUCAAGUGCACGGUGAAUGGAUGCUCGUGCGACUCGUUCACGCCGGGGAAGAGGCACAUCCGGUACUGCGACAGGUGCCACCAUGGAUGGGUGCCACACGCGCUGGCGCGACUGUCGUCUAGUGGGGAUGUCGUCUCCAGCCCCCGUGCCACUGGUAGGGAGGACAAAAGCGGCGGAGGGAGGGUAAAGCAGGCGACGCCGACGACCACGGUGACGACGACGACGACGACGACGACCGCCGCCGCCGCGGCGGCGUCCAGGGAAGGAGGCGGAGGUGGAGGUGGUGAUGCGAGUGGCGGUGGUGGGGGCGCGGCGCUCGGUGGGGGGAGCUGUGGUGGGGAGAGGAACGGUGGAGGUGGUGGUGGCGGUGGUGGUGGUGGCAGUGUUGGUGGUGGAGGCGAUGUCGCGGAGAAGGAGGAGAGGCCACCGGCUUCAGAGAGUGUCGAGCCGACGGCCGCGUUUGACGUCGCAUCCCUCGUACUGUACGGCUCGCGCGCACUACCGAUCCGCCUUAAGAUUUUGCUCGAUCAGUUGUUCAACCAGUUGCAGCACGCGCAAGUGACACGUUUACUAGCCGCAUUCGGCUGGACGUACGAGGAUUACACGCGGGGAUACAUACUGCAGGAUUCGCAGAACGGCCCGGUGCUGGACCGAUGGAGCAUCUGCUCCCCUGAAGAGGAGCCGCUGGUGCUGCAGCAGUUCCUCAGAUUCGCGGAGACGCGCCCGUUCGUGCAGCAGUUGCUGCUGGCCGCCGGGACGCCGGGGACGACGGAUGCUAUGUCACCGAGCAGGCGACCAUCGCCGCCGACCAUGCCCCUAGCCCAUCUACCACCGCCGCUCCACCUCCUCCACUGCGGCCUCCCGCCCCCCGGCUCUAGGCUGCCGCCUCCCCUUCCUCCUCCUCCGCCUCCUCCACCUCCACCGCCCUCCUCCGUCUCGCAUCCAUCCAUGUCGCCGACCGCCCAGAAGCACUACCACUCCACCUCGUCCACCGCGGGGGUGACCGCCGCCUCCAACUCGCCCCCCACCAGCGUGCCGCUCGACUCCCAUCUCACCGUGUCUCCGUUGAACCGGCUCCAGAGCAUGCAGCCGUUCGACUUCCGCAAGCUGGGCACCCUCGGCCUCCCCGCCUUCCCCCCCAUUCCGCCCCCGCCGCCGCCUCCCCCGCCCCCACCCCCGCCCCCGCCUCCGCCGCCGCCGACGCCCUCGACGGCCGAGCAGAGCAUGCACCAGAGCCGCAAGGCCGCGAGGAACCCCCAGAGCCCGCACAGCCCGCCCCAUCUCCACCCGCACCACCACCACCACCCCCCAGGCCAGCUGCAAAGGCCCCACAUCCCGCCCGUCGCCCCCGUCUCCUCCUCCGCCCUCAACUUCGGCCACCCCCUCUCGGUCGCGGUGUCCUCGGGCGCCCUGCCGCCCGCCUUCCCCGCGCACUUCCCGCCCCCGCCCAAGCCCCCGGCCUCGCUCGUCGCCGCGCCCAUCACCGGCCCCCCGUCCGCGGACGCGCACAGCGGCGGCGAGAAGAGCAGCGAGUUCGGCUCCGAGGAGGACGAGGAGGACGACGAGAACUCGGACAGCGCGCUCAACCUGAGCAGAAGGGACUGUCAGAAGCAGCAGCAACAGCAUCAACAGCAUCAACAGCAUCAUGGAGGGACGGUGGGUUCCUCUGACACAGGGCACAGACACCAUCCGGCCCUUCCUCUUCAAGCGGCUCCGUUGGGCAGGCCGCCUGGUAUCCCCGGCAGGAAGCCUCAUUCGCCCGGCAAGAGACCGGGCGGGGGCCAGUGGGGCGCGUCCGGGAACAUACCGCCGAACCUGGGCACCCCGUUCAUCAACCCGACCACGGGCAAGAAGAGGGUGCAGUGCAACGUGUGCCUGAAGACGUUCUGCGACAAAGGGGCGUUGAAGAUCCACUUCAGCGCGGUCCAUCUGCGCGAGAUGCACCAGUGCACGGUGAAGGGGUGCAGCAUGAUGUUCAGCUCGAGGAGGUCGCGGAACAGGCACAGCGCCAACCCUAACCCGAAACUGCACUCGCCACACCUGCGUAGAAAGAUCUCGCCGCACGACGGCCGCUCGUCCAUGGCGCACGCGCUCGUCCUCCCGCCCCAGGUCGGCCUCCCCGUCCCCGCAACGGGCCUCAACCACCUGCCCUUCGGCUCCUUCCCCCUGCUCACGCCCCCGCCCGACCUCCGCUCCCCGGCCUCGCUCUGCGGCCUCGACUUCAAGCACCUCGACCUGCAAUCGUCGGCCCAGGCCGGCGCAAGGCCGCCCGCCUACGACCAGGACGCUUCCCUCCCCCUCCAGCAGGGGAGGAUGAGCCAAGGGGGGAGCGGAGGCGUCGUCUCGACGGCCGCGCUCGCCGGGAUCGGACAGGAAGCGGCAAGAGGCUCGUUCUCGAGCAGCAACAACAACAACAACGGCGAGACGGUGUCGCCCUCGACCCAGGCCUCGACCGCCCCCGCCGAGGGGGAGGAGGAGGAGGAGGACGAGGAGGGCGGGAUCGUGGUGGUGGCCGAGGACGAGGCGAGCAACCUGCCUCCGCCUCCCUCCUCCUCCUCCUCCAGGCUGCUGCAUCGCGAGGAGGAGGAGGACGAGCAACCGGCCGACUUCAGCCUGGCCAAGCGGCCCAAGUUGUACGACUUCGCGGAGGCGACGAUCGGAGGGGACGAGGAUCUGGGCAGCAACGGGGGCGACAGCAACUCGAUCGAGGACAACGACUCGAUCGACGGAGGCUACCGACAUCAUCAUAAUCACAAUCACAGUCACAAUCACAAUCACAAUCAUCAUCAUCGCUCGGUGAACCACGGCUCGGCCUCGGUGCACAGCAGGGGAGUGAGGAAGAGGAAGUCGCAGCAUCCGACGAGGUGCGCGGUGUUGACCGAGGUCCACUCGUCGUCCACGGACGGGGAUUCGUCGAACGACGAGGAGAGAACCCGCGCCAACGAGUUCCAGAGCCAGCCGGAGGACAUGUCGAUGUCGAGGCUCGCCGCGGCCGACGACUCCAGGAAACCAUCCACGCCACCCUCGAACCUCGACCGCGAGUCGUGCUCCCGCUCCCCCCCCGCGGAACCCUCCUGCCGGAAAGAGGAAGAGAGGGAGGAGGGGGAGGAGAAGAAGAAGAAGAAGGAGGAGGAGGAUCUACCUCAGGACGAGCCUCGGGAUCUGAGCUCGAGAGCGAGCAGCGUCAAGUCGCCGAGGAGGCAGACGAGUCCGGAGCCAAAGACGAGCUCCUCCGCCGUCGGCUCGUCGAGGAGCGAGGAGAAGGAGGAGGGGAGGAAGGAGGAGGAGGAGCGAGAAGAGGAGACUGUGAAGGAGGAAUCUGCAACAACGUCGUUGAAGAGGGACACUGAGGAGAAGGAGGAGGAGAAGCGCGAGGAGGAGAUGGACGAGGACGAGGAGGAGGAGGAGGAGGAGGAGGAGGCGAUGGAAGAGGUCGAGGAGGAGGAGGAGGAGGAAGAAGAAGAGGAAGAGGAAGAAGAAGAGGAGGAAGAGGAAGUGGCGCUGCGGAAUCAGGAAGGUGAGCGUCCCUGUGAUGAUGAUGAUCCCUCCCUCCGUGCCCCGAGCUCGGUCGACAGCCGUCCGACGACAGGCGACGACCUCUCCCACGACUCCUCCACGACCACAACCACCAACACUUUGCGUCAACUCGAGUCCUUGUCGCAGGGUCGCGCGGCGAUGGUGCAGCGGCGGCGGCGGCGGCGGCGGCGACGGCGGCGGUGGCGGCAGCGGCUGCGGUCCAACGCCGUGGCGACGACGCAGGAGGAGGAAGCGGAGGAGGCGGAGGAGGAGGCGGCGGGUUCGACGUCUGGCCGCGGCUCUACCAGCCCCGCGGUCACCACCACGACGCGCAGGGAGACCACCAUGGACAAUUCCUCACGUGGCUCUCGUUCAUCCAGCGCCUCACCCUCCACAGCGGCCAUGGAUACGGACAAUAGCCUUAUCACGUACGCCCGUUACGAGGACGGGCGGGGUUUCGUGAGCACCGAGGGGGGCGAGGUGCCCCUCGACAGGGAGAAUCCGAGGCGGUGCACCGCCUGCGGCAAAGUGUUUCAAAACCACUUCGGGGUGAAGACCCAUUAUCAGAACGUACACUUGAAGCUGAUGCACAGGUGCAGCGUGGACGGUUGCAACGCGGCCUUCCCCUCCAAGAGAUCCCGGGACAGGCACUCGGCUAACCUGAACCUCCACAGAAAACUGUUGUCCACGUCGUCCGACAGCCCGCCGCCUCUCGCCCCCCCCUCCUUGUCCCCGAGGAACGCGGCCGAGGAGCGGGCGGCGGCCGCCCGGAUCACCGCCAACCCCGCCUCGCCCUUCCUUCGCAACGAGUUCCUCGCCAGAUUGUACGCCGACGUAGGCUGCCACCUAGGCGCCUACCCCCUCGCGCCCGCCCCUCCCCUCCCCCCCGACCUCGCCGCCAGGAUACCGGCCCCACACCCCCUUCUACUGCCGCCUCACCUGGGGGGAGCCACAGCCUUCUCAGGCCUGUCCACCUUCGCCACUGUCCACCUGGCGGGCCUCAACGGCCUCGCCCGUCGACGCUUCGAUUCACACUUCGCCGCCGCGAUUCGAGGGGAUGAAGGAGGAGGGAGAUCGAUCGGUGACGAGGAUCGGAAAGAGGAGGCAAGGUGCACGAUCCCCGGCUGCGAACGGGUGUUCGCCUCGAGGGCGGUGAGAGACGCGCAUUCCAAGGACCCGCAGGCCCACCGCGACCUGUCCUGUCCGUUGCUGUCGAGCAACGGUGGUGGUUCCUCGUGACCGAGGAUCCCUUUCCGCGGCUAUUAUCCCCUGCCGUGAUGAAACAGCUCCUCCACCCAAGUUUUCGAACGAGUCUUUUUCUUUCUUUCUUUCUAUUCCCAGCCGCGUUCAGGAGAAAAAGAGAAACGUGCAAUAAAAUCGGGGAUGGGGGGAUUGUUUCCACCUUUUCGUUCUUUUCUUCCUGGAAGAAACGCGUGCUCUUCUUUUCUCUUCCCGUACGAGUGUUGCGCGGGAAGGAAGGAGGACCCGUGACGAAUCUGUAUACGCCAGUGACGGUGGCGACGUCUCUCUCUCUUCCCCUCUUUCUCUCUCUUAGGGGUGAAAAAUCAACCGGAGGGCGGGCCACUGGACGCGUUCCCAAUUCAGUUUUUUUUUUUUUUUUUCUCCAAACGGAAGGUGCUUGCAAUCUCUAGUCAAUUCGGAAAAUCCUCGGCCAUUUCCAUGAAAUGAUCGAUCGGUUUGGUUUUUGGAUUCGAAUCAAAAAGAAAAGAUGGAGGAAUUCGCGGAAAAUUUCGAAGAGAAAGGAAAAGAAGGAUCUAUCUCUGUUCUUUUUUCGUUCGUUUCUUUAUUUUUCUUCUUCUUUUUUUUUUUAAACGAGAAAAGGAACGAUGUGCGAGAUUGGGACGCGAAAGGAGAGGGAAAAAAGAACGGACGCGGCCUCCGGUUUCCGGUCUUCCGGCCUGAUUUUAUCAUCGUUGUGAUAAACGUAACGUUUAGUAUAAAUAUGCCACUUAUUUAAUCAGUAAUCAAUUACUACCGCUGUAUAUAAUAAACAUAGUACCUUUUUUCGAUGUAUAUCGCGUUAUUAAUCAAUUUUAAGCUACUUCGACGAAAACGGGAGGAGAGGAGAGGAGACGAUGGCGAGUGGUUCUUUGUAACCCGGAAUAUCGAAGUGAAAGAAAAAAUUAACCCGAGUACAAGGAUGAUUAUAACGAUGAUGACGAUAACGAUGAUGAUGAUCAGCCUUUCCAGAUGGCGAGCUAUUCGCUCGCGCGUUCACUCUACGUACGCCAUAUUGGAAUUUGUACGAUUCUCAAUUCCAUCGUUGUUUGCAAAUUUUUCCCCGAAUAUUUGUAUAUAUUCCUCGAUCGAUACGAUUUUCACCUUCGUGCAUUUCGAAUUUGUUGCGGCGAAUUGUAAAUUGGCUUCUAUUUCUAAUGGAAAAAGGAAAAAAAAAUCGAUUAACGGAGAAUUAUUUUUCAAUUGUAUUCCAAGAAUGUUCGCGGAACGAAGACGAGUUCUUCUUUUUGUUUUUUUUUUCGGAUCGAACGAGUGAAGCAAAAUUCGUCGCGGCUGGCACCGAACGAUCAAAUCAAAGCUGAUUGCCUUCGUCUAUGAUGAUGAACGGGAGAAGAUAGGUAGAUUUUUUUUAUUUAUUUUGUUUCCUAGAGAUCCACGCGCGCUGCGAUCAGCGGCCAGUAGCGGGCACUGCCGCGAAGAUUUUUCUUCUUCUUCUUCUUCUUCUUCUUCUUCGUAUCAUCGAACGAUCGUUCGUCGUUUCGAUCGAAAAAAUGGAGACCGAGUGAGAGAGAAAUGAGGAAAAGAAAGAAGAAGAAUUUGUCGAACGACGAUCGAUCGAUCUUUUUUUCCUUUCGGUUGUACAUAUUAUAUCUUAUUGUAUUACUUUAUUUUCGUAGUCUGUGCACGCGUGAUGAAAAGAGAAAAAAAAAAAGAAAAAAAGAAAAAAAAGAAAAAACGUCGCGCAGAACACAGAAUUUAAGAAUUUGCGUGCGAAUCGACGACGACGACGAAGCGGAAGAAGCAUUGGUGGAUGGCCGGAAACAGGUUCUUUUUUCUACGCGCCUAAUGAUAAUUUUUCGUCGUGUUUCUCAUCUGCGCCAGAGUUAAUAGGAGAUAGGCGAGUGUAAGAAUGAGAAAAAAAAAAGAAAAAAGAAAAAGAAAAAAAAAAGGAGAUGACACGACACGAGAUGACGAACUCUAUUAAACUAAUUAAACACGAAGCGUUAAAGGGCGAAAUUUACAAUUGUAAUUAUGUAUAAACGGAAUGCUAUGAUGUAUGAUAUUAUAGAUCGAUUAUAAAGAACACUCAUCAUUAUGAAAAUAAAUACCUAUCGAAAUCA